ACAGCGAAGUCGGAUUAAUUCAUUAUUACUGUAAAACGUCGCUACCGGACCUUUUUUUGGAAUUAAGAUUUCCCUCUUAAUUGCUUGACAGGAUUGAAAUGUUACAAUUUAGGUUUUCCACAGUGCUUAAGGAGUUGUUGCAAACCAAUCUCAAGCGUCCCUUGACCGGUUCAAGACAUAAAACGUGGUUACCAAUCCAUUACUGCUUCGGCACCACCUCCUUUGAUGCCAGAUCUGUGUCUAAACUGAAGGUCCUUCAUGCCGGAGUACACCGCCCUAUGCUAUGCAGCUCCCGGGCUUACUGCACUAAAACUGAGGGCGCCGUACAGCUGGACGAGCCAGUGAAGAAGGAUGCCAGCGGAGAUGGACCAGCCGGCGACAAGAGAAGAAAUGCAGGCAUUCUUCCCAGUCUGGAAGAUCUGCUUUUCUACACAAUUGCAGAAGGCCAAGAGAAGAUUCCUGCCCACAAGUUCAUCACAGCACUUAAAACCACUGGGCUGCGUACCGGAGAUCCCCGCCUGAAGGAAUGCAUGGAAACUCUGAAAGAAACCCUGAAAAACACAGCCGAUGGAGUUACGCUGGACAAGCACCUGUUCAAGAAGUGUGUCCAGAGCAACAUUGUCCUGCUGACUCAGGCCUUCCGCAAGAAAUUCGUCAUCCCAGACUUCCAGUCCUUCACAUCCCACAUUGAUGAGCUGUACGAGAGUGCCAAAAAUCUGUCUGGGGGACAGGUUGCUGACUACAUUCCACAGCUUGCCAAAUUCAGCCCUGACCUGUGGGCCGUCUCUCUGUGUACAGUUGAUGGACAAAGACACACAGUCGGAGACAGCAAGGUCCCCUUCUGUCUGCAGUCCUGUGUCAAGCCCCUGAAGUACGCCAUCGCUGUUCAUGACCACGGCACAGAGUAUGUGCACAGUUUUAUCGGGAAGGAGCCCAGUGGCCUGCGCUUCAACAAGCUUUUCCUGGAUGAGGAUGAUAAGCCCCACAACCCUAUGGUGAAUGCUGGUGCUAUUGUUUGCACUUCACUGAUAAAGCAAGGUGCAAGCAAUGCUGAAAAAUUUGACUAUGUCAUGAACUUUCUGAACAAGAUGGCAGGAAACGAGUAUGUAGGUUUCAGCAAUGCCACAUUCCAGUCGGAGCGUGAGUCAGGAGACAGGAAUUUCGCCAUCGGCUACUACCUGAAAGAAAAGAAGUGUUUCCCUGAGGGGACGGACAUGACCUCCAUCCUGGACUUCUACUUUCAACUGUGUUCCAUCGAGGUGACCUGCGAGAGCGCCAGCGUCAUGGCAGCCACCCUGGCUAAUGGCGGUUUCUGUCCAAUCACGGGCGAGCGUGUGCUGAGUCCUGAGGCAGUGAGGAACACCCUGAGCCUCAUGCACUCCUGUGGCAUGUACGACUUCUCAGGCCAGUUCGCCUUCCAUGUGGGUUUACCAGCCAAGUCUGGGGUGGCAGGUGGGAUCCUGCUGGUUGUGCCCAACGUGAUGGGUAUUAUGUGCUGGUCGCCUCCGCUCGACAAGAUGGGCAACUCCGUCAGAGGAAUCCAGUUCUGCACGGACCUUGUGGAGCUUUUCAACUUCCACAACUAUGACAAUCUGCGGCACUUUGCCAAGAAGCACGAUCCUCGCAGGGAGGGCGGGGACCAGCGGCAGCACACCUUUGGACCCAUGGAUUACGAGAGUCUUCAACAAGAGCUAGCUCUGAAAGCCCCUCUUUGGAAAAAGGUGUCCCCCACUGAGUCGCACCAGGACAGCUCCACCACUGUAGUCUAUAGGAUGGAAAGUGUUGGGGAGCGCAACUAGAAAGGAGACUCAACCCCCCCACCCCCUUCCCACCACUCGCACCACCACCAACACCUCUCCUCUCAUCUGCCCCCUUCUGCUACACCCUCAAAUAUUUAUAUAAAUUAUGAAGAGGAUUAUUUAUUGCUUAUGAAGCAGUUUCUAUGUGGUGGGUCUUGAAUUUGUUUUUGUAAUUAUGUAAUGAAAGAUUUAAAAAUGAGUUACUGCUUUUUUUUUUUUUUUUUUUUUUUUUUUUCCUCUGAAUUCCAUAAGAACUCCUAUAGGCUCCGCCUCCUUGUUGCCUUAGAGUGCGUAGGAUCUAAUGUACGGCGUAGUGGUUAGGCUUUUGUUUCAUCUCACCAUCACGCUGUCCUGUUUUUCCUAUGUUAUAUAGUAUUCUGAUUUAAAACAACAACAACAACAACAAAAAAAAAAAAAACAUGAAUAUCAAAAACUGGUGGUCUACUUGAAACUCGCUGCUGUUGUUGGGGGGAGGGGGUUGUGUGUGUGCGUGUGAAAACGUGCAUGCAUGUGUAAACCCACUCCUCAGACCACCAGGAUAGAGUAUAGGGAGCUGAAGUCGACAUGCCUGCCUGACUCUGUUUCAUUCUGGUUCUACAACAAUGCAGACUGUCUGAUAUAAUCAAACAACAAACUGUAUUGCACUGUAAAGUAAUAUUUACUCCUUGGCCUGAUUUCAGUCAAAUUCAGUCGGUGGAACUUCUAAUUUAACAUUUUUAUGCUUACCACUCCAUAAUAGCUGGCACCCAGUUGAUACAAAAAAGGCACAGCACAGAACUUGAAUUAAUACAACAGGCACAUCUAUUGAAAAUCAGCAUUUCAGGAUGGUUGAGGCUGUUUUUAUGUGUACCACUGAGCCAGCUUCGUAUAAAUUAAACCAGAGCAAACUCAGUGCACUGCUUUGAUCCUUGCUGCAAUAUCGCCAUCUGCUGGCUGAAAGCAGGGUGAGGAUUUUCCCUCAAAGGUUACUAAAUGUUUAGGUUUAGUAAUUGUUUGUGUUUCUGUGGGUGCUGCAAGAUGAUUUUCCACCGAAAUCUGUUGCUUUAUUGAGUUAUGAGGCAUGUUCCACUUGUUCUGUCUGUGGAAGCAUGCACCAGCCACCUAGACGCUGGUAAACAAACCAGUUGACGGACUUGGUGCACUUCUGCUUCAGCUCCCUGUACAUUAGGGUUAGUUUCUCGAAGGGAUUUCUUGGCUCACACUGAGACCCAUAACUGAUUGCAUGUGCUUUAAUACCCAUAUCAUGGAAAAGAUAAUAACAGGUACAGGAUGUAGUGGAUGACCACAAUAAAAUAACCACACAAUAGCAUGUAUUUGUGAGAGGUUGAUUGAAAGCUUUAAAGCAGUAGAUCAGAAUGCUAACAUAACAAAUGGAGUUAAAAUGUACUUUUAGGUGCAUAUGCUUAGCUAUGGUGCAUCAGUUUUGACUAAUAUAAAAAUCUGGAUAUUGUGGAAAAAAGAAAAAAAAAAAAAAAGAAUUCCAAAGUUGAUACAAAUUUAAAUUUUAGUCUCCAACAACAAUGCCUGUAUUUUGCUUUUCAAAUCUACAUCCUGAACCUUGAAAGGAAAAAGCAACCCUUAACACAUUUUGGGUCAUUUUGCUGUUGGUUGGGGUCACUAUCACUCCAGUCUUGAAGGUGAAUUGAAAAUGGAAACUGCCGUAAAACCAAACUUCUAUCGAAGUAUUUGUGCCGGGACUAUGCUCAUAAUUUGGGCGGAUUUUUCCAUUUUAAUCUGAUGAUAGCGUGGGUAUUAGUACAAGUUAACCAAAGAAAGGUUUGCUCAACCAAAGCUCAGGAGUUUAGCAAUUUUAAUGACCGGCUCACGGGUUGAGACGACUAAAACAACAGGCCGCUUUUCCCUGCUCCUGGAGACUCGUUUGACUUGAAUCUCUUUCACCUACCAGCACUCUUGGAGUGCAGCAGGGUUAACUGACUGUAGCAUUCUGAGCUGCUGUUGAGUUUGAACAGAAAGCUAUUUGUGCGUGUGUGUGUGUCUGUGUGUUUGUGUGUGUGGCUAGAGACAUUAUGUUCGUCUUUUUCUGUGAGAAAGCCCAGUAUUGCUCCAAUGAUGCGGGCAAAGAGCGCUUGUUGCUGCAGAUUCCAGUUGUAACCCCUCACAGCUUGUAUUGGUACAAAAGCCAUAACAGUCCUCCUGUUUCCCUGAUAUUACCUGAUGACUGUAGGGUUUACCGAGGCUGCAUUCCAAAAAAAAAAGAAAAAAAAAUCAUAAGGAUUACUGUGUGUGAGGUAAUUUCAUUUAUUCUGCGCAGGUGGUAUACCAAGUAAAGCUUGUUUGAUGACAGUGACACACUCAUAUGUGAGACAUGGAUGCUGCUGGCAUGAUCCACCAGAACUGAAAACUUUCAAGAUUUGUCUUUUGGAACCAAAAAAAAAAGCACUUCAACAAUACUGGCUGAAUUUACAGCAAAUCAUUUUAGUAAAUCUCCUUUAUAUAUGAGCUGUGUUUAAAUGACAUGCUUAACGUAAUGGUUCCAAUAUUCAUGAAGUCUUGUUAAGAAACAAAACAAAACAAACAAAAAAAAAAGCUUCCUAUCAGUACUGGAGCCACUGUUAAUGUUUCCUUAUAAAGAGAAAAUUCCUAGAGAGAAGAAGGGAAGUUUAGUAAGUUUUAAAAUGGUGCUUUGGGAUGUAGGUGUUUGGGAAAACUUGGCUCUAUCUUAUCAGAUGACCAUCAAAAUCAUGUCAAACUCCUCUGAUCCAGAACUGUGUAUCAGUAUUAUCCAAGAUGUAUGAUCAUUGUAGAAAUACUCAUAGUGCUUAUUCAGUGUUGUUGGUGCAAGAUGGGGAGAGUUCUCAUAAUGUCACUACUCCAAGAUUUAUAAAUAAUCAAACUCUUAUCGUCAAAGGGAAGGACUGUUUUUUUUCCCCCAUAUGUUCAUGCAGUUACUGUACUUCUGAAUGCAUAUAAAGGUAGAUGUAUGUCGCUUUUAGGUGUGUGUGUGUGUUUGUGUGCCUGUAUAUGAGUGAUGAUACUCAACAGCAGAUCAGAAUGUGUAUCGACAAUACACUUCAUAUGUUUUGUUUCAUUAUAUUUUCUAGUUUGUCUCCCAUAAGAAAAAAGUUGUACAAAUACUUGCACAUGAAUGUCAUGUCAGCAAAAUGCCUUAGAUGUCACCCUGCUGUGAUUGGGGGCAGUUUGAUCUGUUAGUUAUUCAAUCCAUUGUUGAAACUGUACGUGCUGUGUACACUGUAUGUGUUCUUUGUCAAUGGUUUUGAUUCAGCUCAAAGCAGCGGCUGCGGGACGCAGUAAUUACCUGUUGCUUUGGAAGGUCCCUUCCCUCUAAUUUGUGAAGUCUACUUUUUUUUUUUUUUUUUUUUUUGCUUUCAUGUCAUCACUUUUGAAAUAGAAUUUUACCGACGAUGUAUUUAUGUGUUUGCAGAUUUGUGCUCAUUAUUGUGUUGUGGUACAAGGCAUUCAAAAGCUUCUGUCAUCAUUAUGGGCUUGAUCUUAGGGACUCACUGGCCCUUGGAAACGUUAUGUUGUAAAAUGCAGUUCUUUGAUGGUUUCUACUUCAUCCACAUUCUACACUAUAUAAAAGCUGAAUGGGUCCAUUGGUUAUGUUAAAUAACUUCUGCCACAGAUCUGGUUGCUUUCUGCUAGAGAUUUUGCAGCAGGCGUUCCAGACAAGUGUGGUUGACUGGAUAAGGUGAAGAGUGCUUGUGUUAGUUAAGUGUAUGAUAGUAUGCGUAUUGCUAGAACUACUGGAAUUGAUUGUGUAAUCCUGGUGGUCUUGAGAUGAGUUUUGGCAGUAAACUGUUCUGGAGAAGCUUCCGCGCACAGCAGCAGCACUAUCCCUGGUCUGGUGUACACUUUGUUUUCCGCUGACUCAUCUCUGCGGUCUUUGACAGAGGAGUCAGUCAUGUGGUUUACACCUCUGGAAAGGAAGGCGAGGGAAUCCGUCUCUCCUUGUGCGUGUCUUUAUUUCUUUGCUGCUAGAGUAAUUUUUGUCUCCCUUGCACAUGUAGACUGCAGUGUCUGCACGUUGGUAAGGCCCUGUUCACACCUGGCUUUGAAAUGCAUUUUGGGUGAUCCGAUCACAAGUGGACAGCUUUCAGUGAACAUUUACACCCAAGAUGCAUUAGGGAUCCAUUGAGAUCUGAUGGCUGAGACGACAUUCAGGGGCAUUCUCGGCUGUAUAUGGCCACAUUAUUGUAGCAGUGUGUGUGCAAAUAUGUCCUGGGCCACACUGAAGGGCCGUUUAUUCACCUGACGUCCUCUGUGUACGCAGAAUUACGCAGUCAUUCACGCGCCAGCAGCGUCAUAGUACAACACAAAACAACAAGCUGAUUCUCGUGGAUGGAGAACACACAAAACACUUCUCUUCUAAUUUCCAACAGACUAGGCAUGGAGAAGUACAACAAUGCAUUUGGUCUUUACAAACAGAAAUGUACGUUUAUUUGCAUACAGAGCUGGGAAGAUAGAUCCGAUCACAAAUGGUGGAGAUGCGUUUGAAUGCCAGGUGUGAACUAACGUAGUUAGAGCUGUCCACUUGUGAUCAGAUCACCCACAAUGCAUGUUGAUAGCAGGUGUGUGUAGGGCCUAAGACUGGACUAGAGACCAGUAUUCAGAGAUUUAGAUGAAUGCAUGCCGGGCUAACCCUAUUGUAAUCACACGGGACUCAUCAUCCAGAUCUGUUUGAUUUUGCUUCGGCAAGUUAGAAUGACAGAUAUUUUCACACAUUUUCUCUACACUUUAACAAGCAUGAUGUGAAAUGAGUGAUGCUGUAAUAGUCUUUCUCAGUGUUUCUCUGCUCGGGUUAAUGUUGCAUUGCAUGAGGGCAAAUGAGUUGUAUUACUUGAAGUAAUCGGACCCUUCUAUCUCUCCUGAAAAUGUGACUAUUGCCUCAUAUAAUUGACCUCAUAAGAGAGGGGUUUUUGAAUGCAGUACCAGUAUUUCCAUUUGAAUCUUCUGAUUUUGUGCUUGUCAUAUCAUAUAUGAAAUGUUUCCUAAUGUUGAAAUGUCUGUUUUUUUCCCAUUUGGACUCUCAUUCUCCAUCUUGCAUGCAUAUUUUUCUAUGAUUUGUGUUUGUAAUCUCAUGUAAUCCAUAUCCAAGGUUAUUUUAUUACCUACCACAUGUACGUAUUUAUGUUGAAUGUCUUCAGACAUCUAGUUUAAUCCUUUGUGAUUAUGAGAAAUGAAACCUAUCAUUACCAUUACAAUUUUGUGUUCUUGGAAUUGUAAGGUUCUCUAAUGUUUUGGUCAAAAAUGAACUCAUUUGUAGUUUUAGAAACAGGUCAUCAUUUGUAGUGAAAGUUGGGAUUUUUUUUUUUUUUUUUUAAAUAUAUAAUCUUUUAAAGGGAUGAAAAUGGUAACUAAAGAAGUUAGAAUAGUGUUGUUACACGGGACAUGAAAAGUGAAAGGCUCCACAUCCAAAAAAAACAACUCAAACAGAUGGAACUGUACAAUUCCAAGCUCACAUUUGUCAAGUUUUAAAUUUGUUUGCUCAGAUGUGAUGUAGUAGUACAUGUGAAGUCUGUGUACACUAAACUGCCCUGUCCGCUUGUAACAUAGGAGUUCUGAGGAAGCCAGUGCUGAGGCAUUGACUGUCUUCCUCUUCAAGGCAGAUUAUUACAUUUGUGUGGCUGUGGCAGAAUUGCAAACAAUACAGUUGAGUUGGUGUAAAAAAAAAGUAUUUUUUGCAUUGAUGUCCCUUGUAUAAAAUCCAAUAAAGCACUAUGAUCUAUCAA